AGGGAUCAGUUUCGUAUAAAAGGCGGACACACUGCAGCGAACUGGGCAGACAUUGGAAUCGCGGUGGCGUUGCUACAACGAGACGUUAAUUCUGAAACUUCUACAACAUGAAGCCCCACCAACUGCUACUUUUCAGCUACUUAGUGCUCACCACCGCGCUCUGCCAGGCCAGCGUUAUUCCUGCCACUCCAAUUGCUGGAACUCUUCCGCUUGCAACCAGCCAUCAAUUUGUCACACGCAACAUCAAUCGCAUUCCCUAUGUCCCAGUGGGGACGCCUUUACAACCGCCAACGGUGACCAAAACAUAUGUGCCAUAUCCCACGUAUCCCACCUAUCCAACGUAUCCCACCUACCCCUAUCCCGUAUACUCUAGUUAUCCAACAACUUACUAUAAAUACGGCGGUACUUAUCCUUAUUCGUAUGGCUACUAUCCCAACUAUGGUUACGGCUACAGUUACUCAACGGGUGUCUGGUGAAAGCUCACAA